AUGAGUCAAGAGGGGCGCGGGAAAAAUGGGUUUGGACGCUAUAUUCGACGAUUCAAAGCUCUUCUGCGAAGGGGUUCCUCAGCUCGAGGAUCAGUUGCAAGCCCUUCAAGCUUGACUGCAGCUGAAAAUCCCUCAGUGACGAUCAGGAACAGUAAUAUCAGCGGUAAUCUUCCUCCAGCUCAAGAUAUGCCAUCACCUGCAGCCGCAGAGGCAACGUGCCACCAGAGCACGAUUCACAUGCCUCUUGAUGCACGAGGUACCGAGCAGUACAACAGGUUCAAGGCAAUGUUAUCAAAAUACAACAUGGAAUUCAACGAAUCUACAUGGCCAAUCAGGCCUGCAAUGCAAAAUUCCCGAGUCGAGAAGAGCAUACGAAUGAGGGUCAGAAUCAUAUGCCACUAUUGCCGGACUCACUAUACCGUGUCUAAAGAAUGUACAAAUUGUCAUCACAGAAGAUGCGAGAAAUGCACUCGACUGCCUCCAAAGAAUAGAAAUAAGAACAAGGAAGGACAGCCUGGGACAGUCCCUCUGGAGAUUCCGGACAGACCCUCCUUCCUAGCCGCUGCAGGAACGGUGCUUCUCCAGGAGGCGUCAGUGAAUGUUGCUGCCCUGUCGGCGGACGAGGGCGGAGACGAAGCUGAGGUGCCGUGCUCUGGGGAAAGAGCUGUUUCCAAAAGGCCAAGACGAAGGAAAGAAGUUCCAGUGGUCAUGCCAUCUCGGACAGGCGGACAGGAUCUGAUCCGAAGAGAACCUGUGCAAAGAGUCCAUCGGACAUGUUGCAAAUGUCUGCGGCCUUUUGUCCGAAACUCAAAUGCAUGUCCACAUUGCAGACAUUUACGCUGCACUCAAUGUCCGCGGGUACCUCCAAAACUCGACAAGUGGCCUAAUGGCUACCCAGGCGAUAUCAUCCCAGCAGAGCCUGAGCGAAUACAUCGACAAUGGAAGAAACCCAGAGUAAGAGUGAGAUGGACAUGUCAUGAGUGUCGAAAGCUCUUCAUGGAAGGCGAGUACAGAUGUGCCAAUUGUUUACAUGCCAGAUGCACGGACUGCGAACGAGAGCCAGCGAGGCGAGCGAGACAGCAAUUCAGCGAGGAAGCUGUCGCGGCAGUGCAAGGGAGACUUGCAGCGGUAGGUGCGCCAACAACGGAACCUGAUGUGGCCGAAGCCCCAGGUGUUGCUUCUUCAAGUUCCAGGCAACAACGUGAGGAGGGAAACUUUCCCAUGUCCUCUGGAUGA